AUGCCCUCGAUAGCAGGUCGCAUUAAUGAUAACGUUAGGCUCGCGAGUGCGCUCGAGACCAGAUUGGCUGCCAGAACGUCUAAAGAAUCAAUACGCAGAGGGGCAAAUGGGGUUUUCGCCAAGUUGAAGAAUCCUUGGGCAGUGGCUCUCGCUCGGCUCUACCACGGUAUGGCAAGGAAUAUGACUCGAUAA